AUGCAUCAGCAUCCUCGAUCACCGGCGGUGCCAUCGGCACCCAACGUCCCCAGACUGACGUCGGCUCGGGAGGACCUCAGAGAGCAGGAACUAGCCCCGAGCUCACCAACGGUGGAUAUAAGGACCAACACCACCAGGGGCUUGGGCAUCGAUCCGGGAACUGAACCUUCCGAGCAAACAAGAAACAUGGCACCGGGGAAAGAGGCCAUGGCCAAACUCAACCAGAUAAUAUCGAAUUAUCAUACAAAGGCCGCUUUGAUCGUUCUUCAUUCGCGGAUCGACCUGCCACCUUCCUUCAACAAGGGUUCUGACACCCCAAGAGUGAACCGCUGGUUCAACGUUGAAUUAGAUGACACCGAUGUUCUUCGGGAACCCCUGCGCACUUGGAGGACAUGCGAUGCGAUCGACAACCGGCCACCACCCCUCAUCAUCGAAACAUUCCUUGAUCCCAAAGGUCUCACAAAUAACCAGAGUUUGGUGGUCCUGGAUGAUAAUGGGAAACGGUGGGAUGUGCUGGAGUCGCUCGCCGCGUCUCGGGAUGCCUCUGCUGUCAACCCAUACCAGUCGGGCUCCGAUGAUAUCGUUUUGGAGCGAUGGAGGAUCGAGUUGGGAGACUCUUCUGACAGACCUCCUGCCGAUUUGGGCUCCAUCUUGCCGACUGUGUAUAAGAAAAGCAUUGUCCUCUUCCGAUCCCUGUUUACCUACUCUAAAUUUUUGCCCGCGUGGAAAUUCUCCAAACGCAACACUAAGUUGCGGCGGAGUCCUGCUCUACAGAUCAAGUACCGCGUGGUAACUGGAGGAGCUCCUCCCAGUGACCCUCUGCCCGAUCACUUGACUACUCCGUUAUAUGAGGGCAAUACCAAGGUCGUGGAUACAUACAGCUUCGGAGUUACCGAUUCCCCCGCCGGUCCCUUCUCGGUUCAAGUCACCUAUCGUACUAACUGCGAUUUCCGUGUCGACGAUUCAGAAGCUUUGUUGAGCUCGCGGUUUAUGGGCGCCGAUGAUGAGAUCUUCCGUCCCUCGCUUCCUUCAGAUGGCAUUGAGCGACCCAACCCCGAUGUUGGCUCUGUGCCGGUGGAGAAAAGAACCGUGGAGAAUCCAGAUUGCACGAGAGCGUACGGAAGCCUCUCAACCUUCCACCAAGUCGGCCCGACAACAGGCGCGAGCCCUAUCUCAGCACUUCGUGCCGCCCGAGAUACCGGCGCCGGGUCCCCCUCACCCUCUGAUUCAUCCUCCAAAAAGCUACUACCCGCUGCGAAGGUUGGCCCGUCUGGGCGUGCUGCUCAAAUUGCGGGAGGAAGUGGUGGCUCGAACUUUGCUCGACGCCCAUCAGUGUCCUUCCAACCAUUUAAGGCCCCCCCUCUCUCUGCAUCUCCUGCCGUGGCGGAUUCUCCAUUGGGAGCGUCACCUCGCACCGUAUCUGCUCGGGCUCCUACAGGGACAUCGGCAGAAUCUCGAACAAUGCCGCCUCCCUCGGUGGCAGCUUCUGCACGCCGAUCUGCGGCUGUCACGUCUGAGCAAACGAUAUCAUCUUCCAAUUCAGCUUCUCCCAAACCUGCUCCAAUAUCCAGAUACAGCAGCUCUUUCAGUCAUCGACGUGGUCGACCUUCUUCUGGGGGGACAAACAGACUUGAAGAUGACAACUCGAGUGGUAAAGCUAGUGCGACAUCUUCAAAUGCUCAGCCUGGGUCCGGUCUACUAGCAGAAGCCACGGGAACCAGUGCCGAAUCAAUACAUGCAGACGAUGAAAACAUUUCCGAAUUUCUGAAAAUGCUCGAUUCGAGGAAGGACCUGAUGAACUUGUCUAGCUCCACGUCGCUUGAACCUGGUCCCCGAAAGGCCACGGCGACUUCGGCUGCUCUUGCUCGCUUCCAGCGCAUGCGAGAUUCCAACGCUGCUCUGUCUGAGUCGAUGUCAUCGUCCUUGCAUCUGCAUCGCUCGUCAACCUCUUCCAGCAAACAGCUGUCAGGAGUUCCGCCCAUGGUUGCCGGUACUUCAAUAUCCACGGCGUCUUCACCUGGGAAGCCCAUGUCCCCUCACACACCCCACACUCCCGCCAUUCGAUCUCGCUUGAGCUCCAAUAGCGUUGCCGAUGAUCUUGAAACGGAACACGAUCGCCAAAGAACCACGCGAAUCGAGCACGACUCACCACUCGAAGAAAAUCCAAGCGUCGAAACAAUGCAGCGAGCCACUUCCACUGCCGCUGCUAUCGAUAUUCCGACAUCCCCGCGAAUAUUCGCCCCUGCCUAUCGUCGUUCAAGCUCAGCCGCCCAGCGCCGACCACCCCCGCCUAGUGACGAUGAUGAGAUCUUCCCAUUUGGCAUGCGCAGUGUCAGUCUUGGAGCCGAAGAAAGAUUGCACAUGAGUCUCAGUACGCUCCAGCGACAGAAUGACACCGAUACUAAUUAUCGGUCUCACCGAGAACGGCCAUCGUCAUCAGCAGAAGAUCCCAGUGUUCCAUCUGGGUCUACAACCGGUCCAUAUCGCGAUGAGGCGUCGCUCCGGGGUCAAAUGUCCCCUGGGCCAACGGUAGCGUCGUCUUCCUCCAAUCCCCACGCCUACCAGCCCCGUUUCGCGAGCUCGCGUGGUCGAGGACUCUCGGGUGGCCCUCAUUCGUUCGGCUCCGCAUCCAGCAGUCUCGCCCGAGGUGUCAAUAUUCCGCCCCACUUGGCUGAGCGUGAUCAGGAUCGUGACGGCAAUGCCAGCGGUAGCAACAGUGGCAAUUCCACCAUGGAGAUUCGCCGUGGUUCCGGCCAGCGACCUGGUGCUGGUCGCGCUCACCCAUCGCAAACGUCCUUUGAAGAAGAAGAGCCGUUGCUCUUUGCCAUGAGCGAUUUCGGUGCCUCUCGCCGCAGCUUAGAAGAAGGCCGCCAUGGCAACCACGGUGGUGCCGACUCCAGUGGUGGCUCGCGACGUGGGAGUGGCAGACGAGGAGCCGGGCUUCCAGGCUUCCAUGUUUGGUCAUGA